UUCUUCUUCGUUGGUGCUAUCUUACUGGAAGUCUCUCAUGAAAGACGUUCAUUCAUUUUUGUAAAUUUUAGCAUUAAAGUUACACACUUUUGCCGUUUCCUGUCUACUAAACCGGGAUGAUUGAACCUAAGAAGAGGGUGGCGGACAUGGCGGUGGUUCCCGCCGCCGUGAAGCGGCCCCGGACGGAGCUGGUGGCAGCGGCUCAGUCUCAGCAACUCGUGGCCACGGGCCCUCCACGGAACUCCAGCCUGCAGGCUCCCAUCAUGUUGAUGUCUGGCCAUGAGGGUGAAGUUUACUGCUGCAAAUUUCACCCCAAUGGAGCCACGCUGGCCUCUUCAGGAUUUGACAGGCUCAUAUUACUGUGGAAUGUGUAUGGAGAUUGUGAGAAUUACGCCACUCUGAAGGGCCACAGUGGAGCAGUGAUGGAGCUGCAUUACAACACAGAUGGCAGCGUCCUGUUCUCGGCAAGCACAGACAAGACUGUAGGUGUGUGGGACAGUGAAACGGGUGAGAGGAUCAAGCGUCUGAAGGGACACACCUCCUUUGUUAACACCUGCUAUCCAGCCCGCCGAGGGCCCCAGCUAGUGUGCACUGGCAGUGAUGAUGGGACAGUUAAGCUGUGGGACAUCCGUAAGAAAGGAGCGAUCCACACUUUCCAGAACACCUACCAGGUGCUGGCUGUGACAUUCAAUGACACCAGUGAUCAGAUCCUGUCUGGAGGCAUCGACAACGACAUCAAGGUGUGGGACCUGAGGCAGAAUAAGCUGAUCUACAACAUGCACGGCCACGGUGACUCAGUAACUGGACUCAGCCUGAGCUCUGAGGGAUCGUACCUUCUCUCAAACUCCAUGGACAACACAGUGCGUAUUUGGGAUGUUCGACCGUUUGCGCCCAAGGAGAGAUGUGUGAAGAUUUUCCAGGGCAACGUUCAUAACUUCGAGAAGAAUUUGCUGAGGUGCUCCUGGUCUACUGACGGCAGUAAGAUAGCUGCAGGCUCAGCCGACAGAUUUGUGUAUAUUUGGGACACCACAUCUCGUAGAAUCCUGUACAAGCUGCCGGGCCACGCCGGCUCCGUCAAUGAAGUGGCCUUCCACCCAGAGGAGCCUAUAGUGCUGUCGGGCUCCAGUGAUAAACGUCUGUACAUGGGAGAAAUCCAGUAGUGUGUGUGUGUGUGUGUGUACACUUGAUUGUGUGUAUGUGUGAGUGUCCUGCCACGGAUGGGUGGCGUUCGAUGGUGGGUCAGGAGUCUCUGGAGUUUCAAAUGCCUCUGCUUGUCUCAGAACCACCUCAGGAUGUGUGUUUGAGGUUUAUUACGCUCAGUCACAAGAACCUUCUACAAUGACUUGUUUUUUAUUCUGACAUAUUUCUUUUUAAUAAACUUCAGUGUUCCAUAAAAAAAGAA